CGACCACCAUAGCCAAGUUCAAUUGAUCUCGGAAAUCAGCACUCUAUCAAACAUGUCACCAAAGGUCUUUUUCGUCACAGGAACUUCCACCGGCUUCGGCGCCGAGUACGUCAAGAAAAUCAUUGCAGAGGGCGAUCAUGCCGUUGCUACUGCUCGCAACUCGUCAAAGCUUGAGAAGCCCGAGGGAGCAACCGAUGAAAACUAUCUUGCUGUAGACCUUGAUGUUACCAAGAAAGAGUCCAUCGAUGCUGCCUUCCAAAAGGCCAUUGACAAGUUUGGACGUCUUGAUGUCGUCGUCAACAAUGCUGGCUAUGGUCUUGCCGGCGAAUUUGAGAGUCUAAGCGAAGAGCAGAUUCGUAAACAGAUGGAAGUCAACUUCUUCGGCCUCCUCGACGUAACCCGCAAAGCCCUCGAAUCCAUGCGCGCACAAAAGCCCCAAGGCGGUGUGAUCCAACAAGUAACCUCCAUCGGCGGCCAACGCGGUGUCCCCCUCUUCUCCAUCUACUGUGCUUCCAAAUGGGCAGUAGAAGGCUACACCGAAGCCCUUUCCAAGGAGCUAAAGCCAGAGUGGAACAUCAAGCUUACUUGCAUUGAACCCGGCGGUUUCCGAACCGAUUGGGCUGGCAGAAGUAUGGAUUUCGGUGCGAAUAAGAAUGAGGAUUAUGAUCAUUUGGAUGCGAAGAAGAGUAUGGGGGAGAGAAAUGGUACGCAGGCUGGUGAUCCGCCAAAGGGUGCUAGGUGUAUGUAUGAGUUGGCUGUUAUGGAUGAUCCACCGCUUAGAUGUGUAAUUGGUACUGAUGCUUAUGCUGGCAUCAACGAGAAGCUGGAUCAGUACCGGGAGAACGUCAAGAAGUUUGAGAAGUUGAGUACCAGCACUGAUGUUGAUGGGUACAAGAAGUCUUAGACGGGUUUCGCUUCAUGAUCCACGAACUCUUCCUUUCCUAGUCUAAUUUACAUUUGUCUCUAUCAUUCUUUGACAGUAAGUUUGGUCACUCUGUGUCUUCUCAUCUUUCAUCUAAUGGGUGAAUCUAAAAUCCAAACGCUUGUUG